UCUUCAGCCACAUCAUCAUCAUCUUCAUCUUCAACUACAUCAUCAGACUUUUCAUCUUCAGCUGCAUCAUCAUCAUCAGACUCUUCACCCUCAGCCACAUCAUCAACCUCAGACUCACCUUCAGCCACAUCAUCAUUAUCAUCACAUUCUUCAUCUUCAGCUGCAUCACCAUCAUCAGAUGCUUCAUCUUCAGCCACAUCAUCAUCCUCUUCAUCCUCAGCCACAUCAUCAUCAGACUCUUCAUCUACAGCCACAUCAUCAUCAUCAGACUCUUCAUCUUCAGCCACAUCAUCAUCCUCAGACUCUUCAUCAUCAGAUUCUUCAUCUUCAGCCACAUCAUCAUCCUCAGACUCUUCAUCUCCAGUCACAUUAUCAUCAGAAUCUUCAUCUUCAGCCACAUCAUCAUCAGACUCUUCAUCUUCAGUCACAUUAUCAUCAGAAUCUUCAUCUUCAGCUGAAUCAUCAUCAGCUACAUCAUCAUCCUCAGGCUCUUCAUCUUCAGCCACAUCGUCAUCCUCUUCAUCUUCAAACACAUCAUCCUCAGAGUCUUCAUCUUCAGCCUCAUCAUCAUCAUCAUCAGACUCUUCAUCCUCAGAUUCAUCAUCAUCAUCAGUCUCUUCAUUCUCAACCACAUCAUCGUCCCCAGACUUCUCAUCUUCAGCCAUGUCAUCAUCCACUUCAUCUUCAACCACAUCAUCAUCAGACUCAUAA